AUGGACUCGACAAAAGAAGUUAUCCGAAAGCUAGCCAAGCUCAACAUCGACCCUUGCGCCCCAACACCGGGUCAAGAACUUAGCGCCUCCCAUCCACCCGGCCCAAAUCAAAGACCAGGUCCCCUUGGUCCUGCUUCCCAAGCUGGUUUCCAAACACAAAGCGGCACACAAUUCAGCCCCAUCAUCGACAAACGAACCAAACCAGAAGAAGUUAUCGCGACUGCAACUUGUACCGACCCGGAGAGUCCCAAGAACAUCAUCCCUUUGCGCAAACCCGUUAGGAACAUCUCCCGUAACCUCGCCGAAAGUCUAGCCAAGGGCGUUAAGCCUCGCAACUCCGACGACCGUCCGCAUACCACCAGCAUCACCAAAUGCCGUGAUAGAGUGAGAGUGGGCGUCGUCGACUUUCUUCGACGCGAUGCAUCUAAAGGGCUCAAGCGUUGGUUGAAGGAGAAGGAGAGACGUCAUGGCAGUACAAGAAGGGCCACGAGGGUCCAUAGAAGAGGUGCCUUCAGUGAGGGUAUGAGGAAAGGGCUGGGGUUGAAGUUGAAGAGGGAGGAGGCUAACUUGGGGCAGUUGGAGGUGAUCAAGGAGGAAGAAGAGGAGGAGGAUGGAGAGGAGGAGGAGGAUGUGAAGAUGGAAGAAGACGUGGAAAUGGAAGAGGAUACGGUCAUGAUGGACUGA